UCAAGUAAAAUCCAAACAUAAUCUAGACAGUGAUGAGCUCGAAAUUGUUACAGUUAAACUGCGUUCUUUUUACAAAAAUUUUAACAAGAAAUUGCUGAAGUGUUCAAAUUCUUUUGAAAGUCUUUUAAAAGACCCGUGGAUGCGUGAAAAGAUCGAAGUAGAGCUGAAAAAGAAAGAGGACCUAAAACGGAAAGUUGGCAGACCGACAAAAGAAUUCGAUGAAUGUGCUGCACGGACAAAGAGACGAAAAGUGCAGCAAGUUUGUGAGUCCAUCCCGAAAGAUCAAAUUGAACGUGCUGCUAUUCGGAAUGUCAAGAAGCCAGUUGCAAAAUUUGUGAAACAAAUUUUACAUUCAUCUGUUACUGAAGUAAAGGAACAUUGCUACAAGGCCACCAAAGAAGAUAUUGUGUCACUUACGGAAGCACAAGCUGUGUCACUUUUGGUUGAAAUCGAUCUUAGCGUACAUCAAUAUAAGACACUCCGAAAUGUGUGCAAAAAGCAAAACGCUGAUAUCUUCCCACCAUACUACAAAGUGUUAGAAGAAAAGAAGCAGUGUUACCCAAAACCAUCAUCGAUUGAAAUCACCGAGACACACGCGUCCAUCAAAUUGCAGGCACUCCUGGACCGAACAUCGGAACGUUUGUUGCAAUCGUUAAGUACCAGUGACCUAUCGAAAUUGCCGUUGAAAUUAACGCUCAUGUCUAAGUACGGGGCUGAUGGAGCUGCAGGGCAGAGCCAAUAUAAGCAACAAUUCAAAGAUGACAAUAAUGGAAAUGAUGCACAAGUAUUUAUGAUUUCGGUUGUACCGAUACGAAUGGUUGAUGAGACGAACUUGAAGAGUGUUUAUUGGCAAAAUGAUUGCACGGGCUCACCUCGUUAUUGUCGGCCGAUAAAAUUUAUGUUCGCUAAAGAAUGUAAGGAACUGACAAACACCGAAGUGCAGAAAAUCAAAGAGCAAAUCGACGAUCUCGAGAGCAGUAUGAUUUCGAUCGCUGAGAAACGUUUUUUCGUAAAACAUAAAUUGUUUUUAUCGAUGGUGGAUGGUAAAACUUGUGCAUAUGUAACGAACACCGAUUCAUCAACAAGUUACGUGGUAUGUAAAGCGACACCGAACGAAAUGAGCGACGUGGAUGCACUUUCUCUUAAAACUGUCGAUGAAACCGUGUACGACUUUGGUCUUUCGCCACUCCACGCGAAGAUAAGGUUUAUGGAAUUCGUGUUACAUCUCGGCUACAAUAUGACAUUCAAGAACUAUUAUGCUACAGUCAAAAAUGGGUAUGCAACUGAAAAAUCGCAAAAUAAAGCACGCAUCCAGAAAGGCUUUAAAGAAGAAAUGGGUCUAAGUGUAGAUUUUGUAAGACAAGGAAGUGGCACAAGCAAUGACGGCAACACAGCUCGUCGCUUCUUUGCUAAUCCAGAUGUCACUGCUAGAAUUACUCAGGUUGAUGAAGUUAUUAUCAAAAGGUUCCGAAAUUCUAAUUUUUUAUUGAAAAACAACUAUGAACUCUGUUUCGUUGAAAGAUUGGACGUAGUGCUAAAGACGUUGGCAUGUGGACGCGACAUUAAUCCGGAAGCGUUCAAUGUAUACUCCUUGGACACGUAUAGAAUGAUCGUAGAGAAAUAUAAUUGGUACAAAAUGCCUUGGUCUGUGCACAGAAUUCUGAUGCAUGGAGCAGCGACAAUCAAACACAACGUACUACCAAUUGGUCAGCUCACGGAAGAAGCGGCUGAGGCCAGAAAUAAAGAUUUUCGUCGUUUCCGUGAACACCAUGCACGAAAGGUCAACAGAGUUCUGACAAAUCAGGACAUUUUAAACGCUCUUCUGGUAAGCUCUGAUCCAUUAAUAUCAAGUUUACGAUCAACCAUUAAGAAAAAUCAUUUGGAAUUGCCGAAUGAAGUAAAAGACUUGUUAGUGGGAGAUGAUUCUGAUAACUGCGGAGAUGAUGUUGAAGAGGAAUGAUUUAAAUUUAUUUUUUUAAAUUUUUUUCUC